AUGUUGGAGAAAGACAUCAAAGAAAUUGGCAAAAUUCCGGCGAAACCAAUGAUUUUUGGGGAAAAUGACCGCAAACAAUUCCAAAAGGCGACAAAGUGCUGGAUCUGCCAAGGUGAGUUCAGUAAGGAUGACAAGAAGGUGAGAGAUCACUGUCACUUUACUGGGAAAUACCGAGGUGCAGCUCACAAUAGUUGUAACUUGCAGUACAAGAAGCCGAAGUUCACUCCUGUGGUGUUCCACAAUCUGAGCGGCUAUGACAAUCAUCUGUUCGUCAAGAACCUCGGUAAAACUGAGGGGAACAUCAACUGCAUCCCGAACAACGAGGAAAAGUACAUCAGCUUCACCAAGGAGGUUGUUGUCGGUUCUUAUACUGGCAAGGAUGGGAAAGAGAAGGAUGUUAAGCACCAACUCAGAUUCAUCGACAGCUUCAAGUUCAUGGCCUCUAGCCUGGAUAAGCUGUCCGGUAAUCUGGAUCAGGACUGCUUCACUAACACUUCGAAGUACUAUAACGGAAAACAUCUAGACUUACUAAUGAGAAAGGGUGUCUACCCAUAUGAAUAUAUGGAUUCACUCAAAAGACUAAAUGAAACAGCCCUUCCACGAAAAGUAGCGUUCUACUCCAGACUCAGUGGAGAAGAGAUUAGUGACGAUGACUAUGAGCAUGCACAAACUGUGUGGAAAGAGUUUGGCAUGAAGUCCCUCAGGGACUACCACGAACUGUACAACCAGUCGGACGUGUUGCUCUUGGCAGAUGUCUUUGAGAACUUUAGAGACGUCUGCAUCAAGAACUACGAUCUUGACCCUGCCUGGUAUUAUACAGCGCCUGGACUAGCAUGGGACGCUGCCUUAAAAAUCACCGAAUUGAAGUUGGAGCUGUUAUCAGAUCCAGACAUGUUGCUCAUGGUGGAGAAAGGUAUCAGAGGCGGGAUAUCGAUGAUCAGCAACAGAUAUGGCAAAGCAAACAACCCAUACAUGGGUGAAACAUUCAACACCCAUGAUCCUGCGAAGUAUAUUGCCUAUUUGGAUGCCAACAAUCUCUAUGGUUGGGCCAUGAGCAAACCGCUCCCUACACACGGAUUCGAGUGGAUGACAGACAGUGAAAUGGACUCUUGGAAGAACCACAGCUGUAUACUGGAGGUUGACCUUGAAUAUCCAAAGGAUCUGCAUGAUCUCCACAAUGACUAUCCGCUCGCUCCAGAAAGUCUCAAAGUCCAUAAUGUGGAAAAGCUUAUUCCCAAUCUCAAUGACAAAACUAACUAUGUCAUUCACUACGAGAACCUCAAACUAUACGAGGGCUUGGGAAUGAAGAUUACAAAGAUCCACAGGGGCAUCAGGCUCGAGGAAAAAAAAGGUGGACUGGUGAAAGGGAAGUACGAAUACUCGUUCGGUGAUGGUGCAACAGGAAAAAACGCUGGCUAUACCGUGCUAGCACCAUCUAAAGUUUUGAAAAUAGGUAUGUCGGUUACAACACCAGAAUCCACUCCCGAAGAGGCUGGUGUAGUCCUCGUGGUUAAUGGUAGUAAAACUCAAUGUGGGGGAUUAUUUAGAAGUUUCCACCUACCACCUAUUGGUGAUUUGGUGAUGGUAGACGUUGAGACGGGGGAUGGGUUGUAUGAAAACGCGCCCCUGAUAAGUCAGUUUGCGGCUGCUAGUAAAGGUACUAAGGUAAAAACAAAAACGGCCUACAUGAUAGUCAAUGAUCAGAAACGAAAUCGUGAUGGAAUGACAGCCAAGGGUAAACCCACAUUUGCUUCUGACGAUGAAAAGGCAGAGUACAUCAUAACAAAUAUCAGUAAUAGUAAUUUUGAUUAA